AUGACUUUAACGGAAUCUAUUUUGCAAAAGUUUCAUGCUGAGUUUGACAAGGGUGUCAAACACCCUCUUCCUGCUCAAUUGUGUGCUGGGACUCUUGAAGACUCGGUCUUGUGGACGUACAUGCAUCAGGAUCUCUUAUUCUUCAACCUUGGUCUCAAUGUAUUCGGCCAAGUAUUGCGUUUGUGUGACCACCCACCCCUGAUGAUUGUGCUUGGGAAACAAAUUGGAUUUAUUUCUAACGAUGAAAAUGACUAUUUCACGAGAGUUCUCAAGGAAUUGAAGGAUGCUGGUGUCGCUGGCCCGGACGAUCUCCUUUUGCCGAAAGUCAAAGAGUACUUGGACUACUUGCAAGAACUUCGUGAGAGCGAUUCGUACGUCGAAGUGAUCACUGCCAUGUGGCUCUUUGAAAAGUUUUACUUGGAAUGGCCUCUUGCCAACCCAAUCAAAGAUGGCUUACCUUACAAAUAUCAAAAAUGGAUUGAUCUCCACGCAGGUCCUGAAUUCCUGCAGUGGGUGGACUUUUUGGCCUCGGAAGUGGAUCGAGUUGGCAAUUCCAAUCCGAAGUUGGUCGAGGAUACUUUCACUAAGGCGUUAGAUUUGGAGAUUGCUUUCUUCGAAGAUUGUUAUACGUAUAAGCAAUAA